CGCGAAAGCUGCGGGGCGACCGGGACACGUSUUGCUUCGCGCUUCCCUCUAUACACGCGACUAGUCGAUAUUAUAUUAUUUUAACUUAAAAUCACUAUUUUUUUCAUACUCGAUCGUCAUUAUUUUAAUGAUAAUAUUAUCUUUAUCUUGUGCUUUCACAUUUUAAACACAUUGUCAUACGCGCUGGAGCAUUCGUUUUUUAGUGUCACGUAUUGUCGUUUAAACAAAAAUAGAAUUUUCUGAAAAAUUACGUCUGUCCRAGGGGUGAUAAUAUUGUGCAAGUAGUGAAGCGCUGCACCGCGCGCCGUCAACACGACCAAUCGGCAGCGAGUGCGAUGGCGGCGGUGCAGCUGGCGUUCGAAGACCGCACGUUUUGACUUUGCAGAGUCCACCUGUUGCCGUCACUGUAUCGGAUAUUGACAGAAGCAGGAGUGGUGGUCAAAUCGCCCACACCAUCAUGUCAUCGCACAGCAGUUCCAUGCGUACGUUCCGAAGUUCCGAUUCAGCCAGCGAGAUUGGAUCAUCCGAGACGUCGUUUUCCGAACAGUCUCAACCGUACUUCGCGCUUUGUUCACCUCGGUCCAAGUCGUCCGUUAACGUGUCUAACAGUGAAGACGUUGCUGUCGCGGCGUGUUCGGGUAAUUCGGUCAGCGGGUCUUGUUCUAUAUCAUCCGGUAUAAACCAUUCUAACAACAACAACAACAACAACAACAACAGUAAUAACAAUAACUUCAAGCAGUCGGCCGCACAGCAACCGUCAGCGGUCGGGUACCACCAUCAGCCAUGCCGGCGCUCGUCCAGCGCCAAGGCGGCCAACAAGCCUCGGCCCAUCGUCCGCCGGGACUUGGGACACGUCAACUCGUUUCCGGACGCGCAUCAAAACAUGCAUCAUAAGACGCCACCGGGCGGCGGUUCGUCGUCCACUUCAUAUUACACGCCUCCAAGGAGUCCGUCGCUGAGCGUGACCACGCCGACCGAUGGGCCACCACGCCGUAGCCCCACAACCCCGUCGUCCAGUGCAGUGUUUAAAUUCCCGUCGUCCGCGGGUUCCGGGACCACCGCCUCUUCGUCGUCCGGUGGCUCAGCUGUUGUCCACCAUUACGGGCGCAGUGGCGGAACCAACCCAAACACACCGAGGACGCUACCCAGGAGUCCGUCCACCGGUAGCGCCGCUACUUCCACGUCGUAUAACACCAACAGUGACAGCGCGUGUAACACUCACAGGUCUGCGUCUGAUUUGACUGAGUGUACUGAGGAGGAUCUAUCCACUAUGCCUACUUCGGUUUCUAGAUCAUCAUCACCUAGAGGCCGAGGUCUAGCUUAUCUAGCGUCACGUCGAAGUAGUCGUGAUUCUCAAUUUUCCAAUGAAGAAUUAGCACCACUUAACUUUAAUGCCACAGCUCGUGGGAGGCAAAGAAGAACCUCCAAUUUCUUGGAACUUCCAGUUCCGGAUCACGUAAGGCCCCGUGUUUGCAGUCUUCCAGAAAAACCAUACAAUCCAAGGUCUGGGGACGAGUUGUAUAGACUUCGUACUUUUAGUAUAACUAAUAAAGGUGGAGUGGUGAAUUGUGGAGAUAGUAUUAUAAACAGAAGAUCCAGAAGUAAUACUAGCGUCAAUUCAACAACUAGCAAACAUAGUCCCAGUAACCUAAGCGGGAUAUCACCUUUUGAUGGUUCGUGUUGUGGUGGAAAUAGCAGCUAUAAUGAUCUAAGCUCUGGAGAGUCUAGCGUUGCCGAAGAGAUACCCAAGUACAGGGUGGUACUUCUUGGCGAAUCUGGUGUCGGCAAAACGGCAUUGGUUUCGCAGUUUAUGACAUCUGAAUACAUGAAUACGUACGACGCAUCCUUAGAUGACGAGUUUGGUGAAAAAACAGUUUCCAUUCUACUGGAUGGCGAAGAGUCUGAAAUGGUGUUCAUUGAUCACCCUAGCAUCGAAAUGUCGGUAGAAAAUUCAAUCGCAACAUACGAACCACAUGCUUGCAUUGUGGUUUACUCAGUAGUGUCUAAAGCAUCGUUCAAAGUAGCCAAAGAAAUUUUAAACUAUCUGUGGCAAGAGAACUAUACUCGUGAAAAGACGGUCAUUGUAGUCGGCAACAARGCGGACUUGAUGAGAGCAAGAUGUAUUACUACUGAAGAGGGAAAACAAUUGGCAUGCUCGCGGGAAUGUAAAUUCAUUGAAACUUCGAGUGGUAUUCAACACAACGUGGACGAGCUGUUGGUCGGUGUGCUGAAACAAAUUCGUCUGCGCGAGACUAGAGACAAAAAGAAACAAAUCCAACGAAAAACGGCCAUACACGGAUCGAAAACUUCACUAUCAUUGCAUAUCGCAAAGGAAAUAUUACAAAAAAUGUGCUUACUCGAUUCCAAGUCGAAGUCUUGCGGAAACCUUCACGUACUCUAAGUCGAAUAAUAUAACUAUAAAUUUAACGAAUCGAUGUAUUCUGUACUACUAUUUUUAAUUACUAAUGCUCGUAUACUACACUAUAUGGUAUAUGCACAUUAUAUAUAUUUAUAUUAUAUAAUUACUUGUAUUAAAAAACGCGCCUGAAACAAUCCUUUAUACCUAUACUUUGUACUUACUUCUUUACAGGGACGAGUGGGUGAGACACUACACCGCGGUUCAUUAACCAUGUGAUAUUUGUAAGAGAUACCUAUCGCGAUUGAUGAUUUAAACCGACUUUAUACAGGGCGUCGGUCUAUUUUUKAGUGACUGGCAAAAGGCUUUUGCUGUAAAACUAUUUAUCACUAUUCUUCGGUAUAUUCCUAUACAUUCGUAUUUUUGUAUUUUCGCGAUCUUACUGGAACAAAUACGCAAAUGUUUCUAUAAUACGCUUCCAGGGCCAUGUAAUCAUAAUAUAUAAAGGUUGGAUGAGGGACAUUUCCCUCGCCCUUCUCCAUUGACUGUUCUAUUUUUUCCUGUGAUAUAAUAUUAUAAACAUUAAACAUUUCAAUCCUAGUUUUUAUCGAUCAUUUGCCAGAUAAUAAUAAAAUAAUAUCAUAUCAUCAUACAA